UCUGGUAACUGAAGAGAACAUGUCUGCAAGUUAUCCCACACCAGUUUACUGGCACGCUGGAAGAGGAGGCUUCCGAGAAGUUUACGAGCCGGCGGAGGACUCUUUCCUAUUGGUUGACGCCCAGGAGAAAGACACAGACAGGCUGCAGCUGAUGACGUCAGGCACAGCGUCAUCAUUAGCGGAGUGUCUCCUGCCCUGCUUAAGUUGAAAAGUGGAUGUCCUUCUCUUCAACCCUUCCUAUGUGAUCUCACCUUCAGAAGAGGUGGGCAGCACAGGUAUAGAGGCUGCCUGCCGAGGGCGAGAGGUGACCAACAGGUUUCUACCUGUGGUAGCACAGUUGCUCUCCAGCAAAGGGUUAUUCUACCUCAUUACUAUAGCGGAGAACGAUCCAGAGGAGAUUAUCCGUGUACUGGGCAAAUGUGUGAGGGGAGAGUCAUGCUCGUCGACCAGAGCUGGAAAUGAGAGGCUGUCCGUCCUGCGCUUCCAUAGGAGCUAACAAACAUGGAACUGUCACUUAGAAAUCUGAUGAAAGGAUUACAGGAACUGAUGAGAAGAAAUAUUUUCAGGAUAUCAUUUUUGACUGAUGGGACACUAUUGUCUCCAAGGACAAAUGUUUACUGCAGAGGAAAACUGAGAGAAUCCUCAGAGAACCGGUGCAAAGAACUUUCUAAAUAAAGCUCUGGAGAACAAAUUAACUUUUCUUUGCAAGAAACUGGUGAAAUGACUAAGGUGCUUCUGAUGUACUGGUAAACUUUUAAGUACAUAAAACAAAUUUAC